AUGGUUUCACGCAAUUCCCUUUACGCUACGAUACUGCUUGUAGUUAUUGGAGGCACGGUUCGAGGCGAUGUACCAGCAGAGUCCGGAGACCUCGCCGUCGGCACCUGCAGCGGUAUCAAUGUGCCCUUGUGUGUGGAUUUGAAGUACAACUCGACUAGAUUUCCAAAUAUUCUCGACCAACAGAGCCAGGAAGCAGCAGGUCUACAGGUCCACCAAUUCUAUCCCCUUGUUAAAGUAGUAUGCUCGCCGUAUUUGAAGACAUUCCUUUGUGCUGUAUUCGUGCCCAGGUGUGUAGAGAACCAGUCAACGUUACCACCGUGUUACGAUUUUUGUGAGAAGGCCAAGGAUGGUUGCGAGAUACUGAUGAACCGAUUUGGGUUCCAGUGGCCGGACUAUUUGAAUUGUGAUAAGUUUCCACGUCGCCUGGAUAACAACUCGAGUGUGGCAAAUUGCUACGAUGACAGUCCAGAUGCACCAUCACAUAUCACAUUGUCGGCCCUUGAGCCAUGGGGUGCAACCGUCGAGGUCAAAGAAUCUAUGAGUUAUGAAACAAUACAAGAAAUCACCGGAUACGUCAUCCGAAUAUUUGGGAAAAACCGAGAGUUGGAAUUUGAAAUGGGAAACACAUUUCACAUGUCGGGGCUCUUUCCCAAUGAAAAGUACUCAGUGCAGAUUGCCGGCAAGAAUUCCUAUGGACUUGGAUGGUUUUCAGAACGCUAUCAUUUCACAACUCCAUUGCCAGAAAGGUCGGGGGCACCAACUAUAACCAGUUCUGAUCACGAGAACACUGACAUGAGCUCAACUUUCAUCGUAUCGUGGACACCGCCGAAAACGACGCAGCAGCCUAUAUUGAAGUACUCUCUACGCAUCAGAAAGGUAGGCGGUGAUUGGUCUGAAGUGGUCGUCGUGUCACCCAAUACACGUACAUACGAGUACAAAGGACUGGAGGAAGACACGGAGUAUGACAUAGAAAUAUGGUCUUCUGAUGAAUUUCAAGAUGGUCGAUCCUCAACUAUUUCUUUCACAACUAAAGCAAAUGAGAACGCGGAAAACGACGUCUCAAAGGGCAAGAACUUGAAUAGCACAUCGUCUGAAGUGAAAGUAGUGUUCAAACUACCGUAUUUUGUGUCGGGGGAAUAUACAUGCUACGCAGAAGAUGAAAGCAACUCUUUAAAAUUCAAAGUUCCCGAAACAGGAGAACAGGAAGGUUCUUGUAAAAAAGAAAUUCUCCCUCGAAGAUACGAUAUCUCCGACACUGGUCAUCGAGCUAUGUUUCAUGGAUGGGCCGACGUUCAGGGGCAGGGCGCCACCAACGACUACUGCAGAUUUGUGCAGGGCAAACAUGGCCGAUUGUACCUGACAUGCGCACUUGCUGGGACUGAGGGUGACAAUGAGUAUAACUACUCAACUAAAGACGACGUUCGAUUUGACCCAGGUCACUAUCAAACAUGGUAUAUGAAGGACGAGAAUGGUGACGGUAGAGACGAUUACUGCAGGUGUGUCGGCGACAAACCGAACACGUACGUCUCGUGCGUAGAAGCGUCGACAGACGGAUUCGUUACUAAUGUCGACAAAGAAUUCCGACCAUCCUAUUCACCGUCGCCAUGCCACGAUACUCUGGUCAACCCCUGCAUUGGUUACGUUAUACAUCCGGACGAAUCAGCAACUCCAUAAUACAUUUGUCAGAAGAAAAAAAAUAAUUAGAACUAGAUUAUGACGUUAUUGUUAUUGUGACAGCCUUAUUAAACUAUGAUAUAUUUUUAAUUCAAUGACUAUUACAUAUUUUAAUAUUAAACUUAAAAAUGUACUCUCUUCUUAUUAUUUCUAAUUUUGUUUUUAAUUUAGAAGAUAGUUGCCAUGCUGCACAUGUUGACCCUUCAUUUAAAUAAUGUAUUUUAUUCAAGUCUUAUACGUCACAAUGACCACCACCUUUUUUAAUUAAUCUCGGGCAAUUUUUUUAACGGCUGUAAACGUUAAAGUGUUGCUGUUGCAAUAAAUAAUUUUAUCAU